UGGAGGGCCUAGCAUCUCCACUGCUCCUUUCGACAGAGAAACUGAACAUCUCUUCUUUGCUUUCUCCUGAGAGAACCAGAUCCAACGUCCAGCUCACAGCCAUGUCUUGUCAAGUCCCAUCCUGUGUCAUCCCAUGUGGGAUUGGUGGCGGCAGCGGCGGCAGCAUUGGUGGCGGCAUCUGCGGGAGCAUCGGGUCGGGCACCAUUGGCUAUGGCGGCGGCAUGGGUGGCGGCAUGGGAGUGUCAUCCAGCAGUCUCGGCAUUGUACCCGGGGCCAGCGUCUCCUGUGUCAGCCAGGUCCCACCAUCCGAAUUAUUCAUCCAGCCAUCUCCAGUCGUGAUCACCAUCCCAGGGCCUGUGCUCUCUGCUGCUGGUGGGGCCUCUGGUGAGGUCUCUGUGGGCAGCUACUCCCCGUGUGCUUAUGGAUCCUCUGGUUACGGCUACGGAAUGGGUUCUUCUGGGGGUUACCUUGGUGGCGGCAUAGGAACGGGUUACCGUCGGGGCAGCCUAGGGAGUUGCAUUGGGGGCGGCUUUGGGGGUGGCUUUGGGGGCGGCUACCAAGGGAGUUGCCGGUCAAGCAAAUGCUUUUACUAAAAGCAAGAUAGAUCAUCCGCGGAAACCCAACAACCAUCAUGGCAUCUGUAGACCUCAGUAUGGAUUCUGGAGCUGAGCAUUUGGUCUAGGCUGCAGGGUCCUUAGCACCUAUAGAAAACCAGACCCUUGUAAUCGCUUUCUUUCCCACUGUAUGCUCUCUCUGCGUGUAUGUUUGCAUUCCCAAAUGCCUCUCCUGAGAACUCCUCCCAUGUUUACAUCUCAGGACCUCUCAGACAAGGAAUUUCCUACCUCUCUACACUUCCAAAGGGCAGAGGUUCGGCUGGAUUGCAUUGCAUUCUGAUCAUAUGUAGCACUAUGUUUGCA